GUUUAUAUCAGUCUAUCAUUCAGACCAUUCGCGUAUGAGCACCACAAGUGAUAAUAAUCAUCGAGAUAUUCCGAUCCCUCUUUCGAAAUAUCAUGUCACCAUCGUAAAAAGUUAACAAACUUUAACGGUAAUAUUAAUAAUUAAAAACGGUCAGUAAAUUUUAAGUAUAUCGGUUGAAUUUGAAAACAUGUCUUCGCCUAAACCUCUUAAUCAAGAGCAUAUCAAAAGGCCUAUGAACGCCUUUAUGGUGUGGUCCAGGGGUCAGAGAAGGAAAAUGGCUCAAGAAAAUCCUAAAAUGCAUAAUUCCGAAAUUUCUAAAAGACUCGGAGCUGAGUGGAAAUUGUUGAGUGAAAGUGAGAAGAGACCGUUCAUUGAUGAAGCUAAAAGAUUAAGGGCUCUUCACAUGAAAGAACAUCCAGACUACAAAUACCGUCCACGAAGGAAACCAAAACCAUUGAUGAAAAAAGAACCAAAAUUUGGUUUCUCGAUCUCACCACUGUUAUCUCACUCCCAACUUGAUAAUUCGUCACUUUCGCGUUCAUUAAUGCCUCCAAUAUCAACCGCCACAGGUCUACCUCCCUUCGAUCACGAACAUCUAAAGCUUUCAAGAACCCUAUUUCCACCACUGCCUUACCUUUAUCAUCCAUUCCGUCAUCCAGAUGAAUCCAAAUUUGCAGCAGAGCUUGCGUUGCUUUACAGUAACAGUCCGAUAUAUCCUCCUGGUUUGAACUGGCCGAUAACGAACAAUGUGAACAGCAGUGUACCCUGUAAUAUAUGCCCUCCUACAUUUCCUAGAAGAUCGCCUAGUCCAGAAAGCAUCAAAAGGCCGGUUUGUGUAAUAAUGAAGAAUGAUGAAUUCAGAAACGAACCACUUCCUGCUCAUGUUAUAUGAAAACCACUACCGGUUCUACCGGAAAGGUUGAACCUAGGAACUUGGUUUAGUGAUAUCUCGAAUCUAGCGACGUCGAGUGCUACUGGAACCUCUUCAGGUAUAGCUGAAUAUAGAGAUAGUCCGUCUGGAAGAGACAGUAACAGUCCAUGUGACUUAAGUGAAAAAAAUGUUAGAUAUCAUAACUGAACUGUAAAAAUAGCUCUUUUUCGAAUUAAUUAGCAAUUCAUCUAGAUCUGUUUAGCGAUGAAUAAUGUUUCAUAGUUACCUUAAAAUUAUGUUCUGAGAAACUCAAUAAAUAAAAUCACAUUCAAGAAAACAGAUUUUCAGGAAAAAUUAUUGUUUAUACCUAUGUAUGCUUUUUUUACUGCACAAUCUAAACACGUUGUUUCGAAUUUCUGUUCAAUUACAAUUUAGUUCACAUGUAAGUAGAAAACUUAGAUGUUUUUAUACUCAUUCAGAUAUAAGGUUGGCUCAAAUUGUGUAAAGAGGGACAAAGUUGAUAACAAAUUUUGGAAAAACAGAAAGUGAUAAAUAUUAUUUCGAUUUCCAAAUAGAAAUCCAGAAAAAGGAUAUGAAAAUGUAAUUUUAUCAUCGUGUAUUCUUUGAAACUUUUUAAUCACUGUUUUUGUUUUCAUACUCUCUUUGAAGUUUCCAUCUGUAUUUUAAAAUGAACAUUAUAAACCAGGAAAAUUUUUUAAAAUAAUCAAUUAUUUGGAAAAAAAGAUCUGGACUUGAUUGAUAAAUCUUAUUUAUAGUAAAUAAUACAUAUUACCUAUCAAAAUUAUUAUGAAUGUAAAAAAAAGUGUUUGUCUAGAAUCUCUAAAUUGUUUUUUGUAAAAAAUUAUCAAUUUUGUACAUAACUAAAAAGUAGUGUCGAUUCUAUUGGAUCCAGUUUAUUAAGCAAUUUCAUUUGGUAUAUUACUUCUGCAAUAGUACAAAUUAUUUUUAAUAUUUUUAUGAUUAAUUGCGGAAAAAAGUCUGAUAAAUAUUAUAUAUCUCUAUUUCAAAAUAAAAUCCUAAAACAUCUUCCUACCUAUUCAAGUAUGGCCAAAAGUGGACUUUUGUUUCAUCACUCUUUUAAAUAAUACCGAAAAAUAUUUCCAUUGAAUAUAUUAGUCCCUUCAAAUAUUUAUUUUAUAUUAUCCUAUGAAUAGAUAUGAACAGAUUUCAUUUAAGACAUCUUCGAAUCCAACUUCCUAAUAUAAUUGUAGAUACAGAUUAUAUGCAUAAAAUGGACGAUCUUCUAUAUAUUAUUCGUCGGCUAGGUUUGAAAUUAGCCUAAGAUUGACAGAGCACGGUCUACAUUUUGUAAUUACUCCAGCAACAACUUUUUUACUGUUUUGACCACAUUCUGACUAUUCUUUUGUAGACGACGCUACAACAACGCGGUAGAAAUAUUUAAAACGGUGAAUCGUGAUUCUGUCUGUUCUUUUACAAAUAAAUAAAAUUACUGUGUCAACUUAAAAUCGUGUACCGAUCGACAGUCGCGAAAACAUAGAUGUCCAUUUUGACCUUUAUAACAGCACAGCAUUUUUUAUUUUGUACUGCACAUAAAAAAAGUAGCUAUCAGAUUUCUUCCAACCAAUGAAAUGAAUUCUAUCAUCUACAAAUCAACCAGUUUUCUUUGAAAAAUGUUUGCACAUUUCGAAAGUAAAACAUCCUGAAACGUUCUAACAAUGCUUACUAACAAAAAUAUUGAGACUUUUUAUCAAUUUAUCGCAAAAAAAAUGUUAAAUUUUGUGAAUCUUCAGAGAUUGAUGUUAUCAGGCUUUAUUCCUAAAAUAAAAUAUUCUGUGCCAUGUUGUUAAAUGGGACGGUGCAAUUUUAUACAUUUAGUGUAUUGUUACAAACGUUUCUUUCCAAUUUUUUGUACUAUGCUUAGUAAUGAAUGUAAAAAUUCUUGUUAAUGACUAUAAUUUGUUCGAUAUUAUGUAAAUAGUUGAUUACAUUGUUGGCAAUUUUUAUUUCAGUGUGUUUUACCAUUUCUAAAUAAAUGUAACUGAACUGUUA